UGUGUCACAUGAGUAGACUUAACAGAAUAAAUAGAAACAAACUAAAGUGGAGUGAAUAUUGAGUUUCAAGGGCAAAGCGAGAUCGAAAUCGAGUUCCAGGAACAAAGUGGAGACUUUUGAGUUUUAGGGGACAAAUUGAGAUCAAAAUCAAGAAUUACACAGAGCAAAGUAGCGACUUUUAAGUUUUAUGAGGCAAAGUGGGAUCGAAAAGCUAAAAAUAAGCCUAUAUUAGUUUGUAAACAACCAGAAACAAAGCCCAGCACGCGGUAACUGGGCUUAUGAAUACCUGAAGGUUGAAAAAUAAAAGGAAGUAAAAAGCCCAAAUAAAUAUCUGUAAGCAACCAACCCAAAAUAAAAAAUAAAAAGAAGAAAAAUGCACUGCACUGCUACAAAUGUAAAAAGGUCCCACCGAGAUUUGAACUCGGGUUACUGGAUUCAGAGUCCAAUGUCCUAACCACUAGACCAUGGGACCGUUGCCAGUAUAAUCUUUGAGCUGGAUAUUAAUAUACACUCCGACUUCAAGCUUCACCAUUCACCGUUUCAGGCUUUCAGCUCCACUCGCUAAGCACACAGGCGAACAGAACACCGAAAACCAUGACGAGAAGAACCCUGCUGAGACCUCCCCUUUCUCUCUCAGCAGCCCGUAUUCUUCCCGCAAGACCUCCCCGUCCGUACAAAAAUGGCGGGUCUUCAUCAGAAGCUUCGAAUUCUUACUCGGCGUCAAGUUUCAGCACAAAUCCCAGGUGGGUUUUCACCAACUCUCUCCCUCCUCCGGAAUGGGUAGAACCUUUCAAUGACGUCACUGACGUAGUAUCAAACACACAAAACUUCGAACCAUCUCGGUUGGUCGCUCAAAUUCUCAAUCUUUUAGAUGGGUCUCCAACGAUGGAGGCCAAUUUAGACUCUUACUAUCGCACAUUCUUGAUCAAAUUGUCUCCUAAUUUUGUUUCGUAUGUAUUGAAAUCUGUUGAGCUUCGUGGGAAAACUGCAUUGCGGUUCUUUGGUUGGGCUGGUAGGUAGAGGAAAUAUCAUCAGAAGCUUGAAUGCUAUGAGUCUUUGAUUGAACUUGAUUUGGACCGCAUUCGAUGCGUUCUUGUUAAGCUUAAAGAAAUGAACUUUUUGAUGACUUCUCGGGCAGCGAAAUCUUUGAUUAAAAGCUUUGGAUGUCUUGGGAUGGUUGAUGAGCUGUUGUGGGUUUGGCGUAGAAUGAAGAAGAUUGGGAUUGAGCCUAGUUUGUAUGCUUAUAACUUUCUAUUGAAUGGUUUGGUGAAUUCGAUGUUUAUUGAAUCAGCUGACGGGAAAAUUGCACCGGACAUUAUGAUUUAUAAUACAAUGAUCAAAGGGUAUUGUAAGGGAGGGAAAACCCAGAAAGCAAUGGAGAAGUUUAUAGCUAUGGAGGGGAGGAAUGUGGAACCUGAUAAGAUUACUUAUAUGACUUCAAUACAGGGGUGUUAUUCAGAAGGAGAUGUUGAUUCGUGUUUGGGUCUUUACCAAGAAAUGGACGAGAAAGGACUUGAAAUUCCGUCUCAUGCAUAUAGUUUAGUGAUCAACGUUUGCAGAGGAGGGAAAUGUGAGGAAGCAUAUGCUGUUUUUGAAGAUAUGACGAAGGGAUGUAAAACCAAUGUGGCAAACUAUACAGCAUUGAUUGAUUCGUAUGCGAAAUGUGGGAGCAUUGAAGAGGCAAUGAAACUUUUUGAGAGCAUAAAAAAUGAGGGACUUGAACCAGAUGAGGUCACUUACGGGGUUAUUGUCAAUGGAUUGUGUAAGAGUGGGAGGGUGGAGGAAGCAAUGGAGUACUUUGAGUUUGUGAAGGCAGAGGGACGCAUUAACGCUAUGUUUUAUCCUAGUCUAAUCGACGGUCUUGGAAAGGCAGGGAGGCUUGAUGAGGCUGAAAGGCUCUUUGAUAAGAUGGUGGUGAAGGGAUGUCCACAUGAUUCAUAUUGCUAUAAUGCCCAUUAUGCCCUUAUCGACGCCCUAGCUAAAUGUGGAAAAACUGAUGAAGCAUUGGCACUCUUUAAGAAAAUGGAAGAGGAAGGUUGUGAUCAGAUGGUUUAUACAUACCCAAUACUCAUCAGCGGACAUUUUAGGCACAGAAAUGAAGAGGCAUUGAAGCCCUGGCACACGAUGAUUGAUAAGAGCAUCACACCGAAUGUUGCUUCCUUCAGGGCCCUCUCUAUUUGGGUUUGUCUCUCAGGCAAGGUAGCCAGAGCCUGCAAGAUUUUGGAUGAGCUAGCGCCAAUGGGUGUAAUUCCUGAGACAGCUUUUGAAGAUAUGAUCAAUGUGUUAUCCAAAGCUGGUCGUGUCAAGGAAGCUUGCAACUUGGCCGAUGGAAUUGUGGACACAGGUAGGGAAAUACCAGGACGAAUCCGAACUGUUCUAAUCAAUGCCUUGAGGAAAGCUGGCAAUGCAGAUUUAGCUAUGAAGUUGAUGCAUAGUAAGAUAGGUAUUGGGUAUGACCGAAUGGGUAGCCUCAAAAGGCGAGUGGAGUUCCGAAUUCUCUUUUACAGUUUAAGUCUUAAUAAAUCUGUAUUUCUAAGAAACUUUGUUUAGCUAAUUCAAAGAUGGCACCAGAUUUCGCUUACCAUCAAAAGAUGUAGAAUUG